UAGAAAAACUCAUGUUAUUACAUAGGUGUAUGCCAUCAAGAUCAUAGAUGGUUUUUAACUUUAUUAGAUAAUAAUUUUGGUUUGGAUCGCAUCAUGUCUAAAUCAGGGAUUUCAAAGAUGGAAUUUGAGACCAAAAAGAAGGCGAAGAAUACAGGAUUACUUGAGAGUGAGGAAUUGCACAACUAUAUUCUGGAAACUAGUGUAUAUCCACGAGAGGCAGAACCUCUAAAAGAGCUGAGGAAAGCAACUGAAAGUCACCCAAGGUGCUACAUGGCUGGAGCACCACUUGCAGGACAACUGAUUGCAUUUCUUUUGAAGACGGAAAAAGUUAAAAAGACAAUUGAAGUUGGAGUUUUUACAGGAUAUUCGUUGCUACUAACUGCUCUUUCAAUCCCAAGUGAUGGAAAGAUUACCGCAAUUGACGUUGAUAGGGAGGCAUAUGAGAUUGGCUUGCCUUUUAUCCAAAAAGCUGGCGUUGAAGACAAAAUCAAUUUCAUUGAAUCUGAUGCAAAGCUAGCUCUUGAUACUCUUCUGCAAAAUCCAGAAAAUGAGGGGAGUUUCGACUUUGCCUUUGUGGACGCGGACAAGACUGGCUACCUAAAUUACCAUGAGAGGUUGAUGAGACUCAUCAAGGUUGGUGGCGUGAUCGCUUAUGACAACACACUUUGGGGUGGGACAGUGGCCAUGCCUGAAUCAGAAGUACCCGACUUCAUGAAGGAGUAUCGAAAAGCUGUUAUAGAACUCAACAAAUUUCUGGCUGCUGAUCCUCGCAUUGAAAUUGCUCAUCUACCUCUUGGUGAUGGUAUUACUUUCUGUAGGCGUGUGUGUUGAUUCGUUGCAUAUUUGUCCCUGGCUUGUUCCUAAUAAUAUUGCAAUUAGAAGACGACCGGGAAAUUGUAGCUGGUUUCACAUUUCGUUCGAUGGUGUAAUUUGCGGUUGAAGUCAUUUGCAAGAAAAGGGGAAAUUGAGGAUCCCUCCUUGGAAGGGGUGAGACUCGAUUCCAGGAUCUCUGGGAUGGAAUGUGAUGCCAAAACUACUAGGCUAUCACCUGAUACUCAAUUGAUGUCCGCAAAUGUUUCUUCGUUCAUUACACGUCAUGUACUUUGUUUUAAACAAAAAGAAAUAAAAUCUCAAUGGCGGAUUAGUAUCA